GAAUACCCUCAGCCACUCCUGUAAGAUUGACCUGCCCACGUCCUCCCAGAUUAAGGUGGAAGCAGAUCCCUUACAGCAUGGUGAAGACAGCAGUGGGGUGCAGCUGGAUCCUGGAGAGGCUGAGGAAAAUGAAGAGCAGAAUAUAAUUUUUAGGCACAACAUCUAUGUGCACACACCCAAAGGGAACUGUAAAACUUUGACCCACAUUAAGGAUCUGUUGGAAAGGAUGGAGAAGCUUGAGAAGGAAGUGGCAGAGCUGAGGGAAGUUUGCAGCCCUCAGAAGUGCUGUGGGGGAAGCCAAGGCGUCCCUCCCUGCAGCGGCCGUGGGACUGUUCUCGACAGACCUGCGACCAACUGCAGCGGCCACAGGACCUGUGACACGGCCACAGGGGUGUGCCAGCACCAUGAGGAGUUCACGAGCGAGGACUGUGCCGACAAACGAUGUCCCGGGGACUGCAGUGGCAAUGGGUUCUGUGACACAGGAGAGUGCUACUGCCACAAUGGCUUGUUUGGCCUUGACUGCUCCCAGGGAGUUGAUAGCCCAACCAAUGUGACAACCAACCAAGUGACAGAGCAUACAGCCACUGUCUCUUGGAAUAAAGUGGAGACUCCUAUAGACAGGUACAUGGUGAGAUACACCUCAGUUGAUGGGGACACCAAGGACAUAGAGGUGAGGAGUGACAACAACAUGAUCACCUUACUGGAUCUGAAGCCAGGCAUGGAAUAUGUCAUCCACAUCUGGGCAGAGAAGGGGCCCCAGAGGAGCAAGAAGGCAAGCACCAGGACUGUGACAGAAAUCAACAACCCAACUGAACUGUUGUCUGACCAAGUGACAGAAGACACAAUUACUGUUUCCUGGAACAAAGUCCAGGCUUCAAUAGACAGAUACAGACUGAGCUACACCUUGGCUAAUGGGGACACAGAGGAGACAGAGGUGGAGAAAGACAAGAACGUCACUCCCUUGGCAGGACUGGAGCCAGGCACGGAGUACAUCAUUUACAUCUGGGCAGAGAAGGGAGAACAACAGAGCAAGAGGGUCAGCACUGAGGCUGUGACAGGUAAGUGGACAGUAGGUUUUGUUGAGUGUAAGCUCAGAGAUCAGAGAUCAGGCACUGUUAGGCUUAGUCCAUCCUGGACAGUGUAGUUCACCACCACACUAUGAUCUCCUCUCUGCUUUUUC